AUGCAUUCAACUAUUUAUAAACAAGCACACCUACAUACAUAUGUACACUUGCAAUUUGAUCUGGUUGACUUGCAGAGUUAUUGCCGCAAAAUCCGAAAAACUGGAAUGGCACAAAAUGAAAUUGUCAAAAUUUUACUGGAAUACAUCAGAGAAGAAAACAGAAGAGACAGCAAAGUGCUGGAUUUUCAUCAUCCAGCUGAAAUGCAAAAACUCAUCGACCUCUCAAUUCCGGAUCAUCCGCGAACACUGCAACAACUGUUACAGGACUGCCAAGAAGUACUGCGUUUGGGCGUCCGGACCGGUCAUCCGCGCUUCUUUAACCAGAUAUCUUGUGGACUGGAUUUGGUAUCUAUGGCUGGCGAAUGGCUUACUGCUACAGCUAAUACCAAUAUGUACGUCUUAAUUGUUAAAAUGAGCUAG